GUGUAAUCCCUAAGAUAACCGUCGAUUUCCAUCGUUGUUUGACUAUCUUCUUCUUCUUCGCUCGUCGUACAUUGUGGACGGACGCAAAUGGAAAGUUAACAGUCGAUUUGCAUGAAAGUUAUUGUCAGGUGAACUCUAAGAUCCUUCGAAGAUCUCUCUCACCCUCACCCGCACUCUCACUCUCACUCAGCCUUUGUGGUUUCUUAUUCCCCUAAAAUUUUAAGUUUCUAGCAAAAAUGAGCUACAACGCAAGUACACAGGUCACUCAUGAUGCUCUGGUUGUUAAACCUGAGCACCGUUAUGGUUCCAAAGGGCAGGCUAUACCUCAAGAUUCAGAAGAAAAUAGAGGAUCAAUCGGUGCGCAGAGUAGCACUAGUGUGGUUGAUCAGGUCCGGACUCCACCUGAAGAUGCUGGUGUUACUUCUUCAUCCACCAUAUGCCCAGCCCCGGUUUGUAGGCAGUUCUGGAAAGCUGGAAGCUACAUUGAUGAACUGAGUUCAAAAUCUCAGCAGCCAACUGGAAAAAACUAUCUUCAUGUGCACCCUAUGUUCCUUCACUCCAAUGCUACUUCACAUAAAUGGGCUUUUGGCGCUGUUGCAGAACUGCUUGACAAUGCUGUUGAUGAGAUCCAAAAUGGGGCCACCUUUGUCAUUGUAGAUAAAACUACAAAUCCCAAGGAUGGUACGACAGCAUUGCUAGUUCAAGAUGAUGGUGGUGGGAUGGAUCCUCAGGCAAUGAGGCAUUGCAUGGGUUUUGGAUUCUCAGAUAAGAAAUCGGAUUCGGCCAUUGGCAGAUAUGGAAAUGGUUUCAAGACCAGCACAAUGAGACUUGGAGCAGAUGUCAUUGUUUUCAGCCGCCAUUUUAAAGACCAAACAUGGACACAAAGUAUAGGGCUCCUUUCAUAUACGUACCUAACACGUACUGGCCAUGAUAGAAUAGUUGUUCCCAUUUUGGAUUACGAGUACAAGGCAUCAACUAGUAAAUUUGUGACAUUGCAAGACAGAGAGCAUUUUAUAUCCAAUCUCUCCAUUCUACUAGAAUGGUCUCCAUUUUCAACAGAGGCGGAACUUCUACAGCAGUUUGACAACGUUGGAUCACAUGGGACAAAGGUUAUUAUCUAUAAUUUGUGGCUCAACAGCGAUGCUAAACUGGAAUUAGACUUCGACUCGGAUGCAGAGGAUAUUCUCAUUGAAGGAAACAUAAAGAAAACUGGAUGUAAGAUUAUGAACGAUCAUAUUGCAACCCGGUUUUCCUACUCUCUUCGUGUUUACCUAUCUAUAUUAUACUUGCGGAUUCCUGAAACUUUCAAGAUUCUGUUGCGUGGUAAGGUUGUCGAGCAUCAUAACGUUGCCGAUGAUCUCAAGCAUCAGCAGUACAUCUUGUAUAAACCUCAGGCUGCUGGACAUGAAGAGGCUGAAGUUGUAACGACAAUUGGAUUUCUGAAAGAAGCUCCCAAAGUAAACCUUUGUGGGUUCUGCGUUUAUCACAAAAACCGCUUAAUAAUGCCAUUUUGGCAGGUCGUAAGCUACUCAGACAGUAGAGGAAGAGGAGUUGUUGGGGCUCUAGAAGCUAAUUUUGUUGAGCCAACCCACAACAAGCAGGAUUUUGAGAAAACCGUCCUUCUUCAGAAACUUGAAAAGCGUUUAAAGGAAAUGACAGUGGAGUAUUGGAACUGCCAUUCUGUGUUGAUUGGGUAUCGAGAUCUUAAGAAGCGUCGUCCUAAGGUACCUCAAAAUCUUCAACCUGGUGGUAGGACAAAUGUCAACAUGUUCCAGAAUAAUUCUGCUGGAGAUAGUGGCAAGCAAACAAUAAAUCGUCCUCCAGGCUUCCCAGGAGUUUUUCAUAAUGCAAAUUUGGCAUCCCUUCCUAGAGUUUCAUCUGAGCCAGUGGUGUUGGAGAAGAGGAAAGAACAUCCUGAUCUUGUUGCAAAUGCAGCAUCAAAAAGAAAGGUGGGAAGUGAUGGUUUCUCUGUCCCAGGACAUAUUCGGGUUGAACAGUUUGUUCAGGGAUCUGCAACUCGGUCACAAGAUAGUGAAACUACCAAGUUGAUGGACGAGAACAAGAAGCUCCGAGCAAAAUGUUUGGACCACAGGGUGCGAAGUCAAAACCUUGAACUGAAGGCGAUGAAUCUAAGUAGUGAGCUGGAGAAGGUUAAAACUGAGUAUGAAAGGUUAAUGGAAGAGCUACAAGCUUUGGGUACGGUGAAGGAGGAGCGCAGCAGAAAUGUAAAUACGUAGGAGAAAGCUUCUCUGCAUUUACAAAAACACUUUUUUGGCUAAUCAUAUGAUAUCCAUCUACUAGGUUUAAAGCUCCUUUGUUUACGUAAGGAUAGCCUAGGUUGUGAAAAGAAAAACAAGAAUUAAUGUUUAUGAAAUCAAAUUAUCUUUUUGUUUAAUGAAAUCAGAAGUUAUUGAAACAAUAAAU